CUGAAACGACGCGUCGACGUAGUCGACGUCAUCGGUUACGUAAAUACGUCGACGUCAUUUUUGUGCGUCGGCGCGUCGCAUAUUUACGUCACACAACUGUCAUGGCGGAGCGCAGAGCAAACGAUGCGAGCGAGGGGAAAAAAACACGCCAAAAGUCGUCAAAAGUGUGGGAGUAUUUUAAUAAACGGCCUAAUAAUGUUGUUUUAUGCACACUGUGUCGAGCGGAAAUGGCGUAUCACAGCAGCACAACGGCUAUGAACGAGCAUCUAAAAAGAAAACAUCCGACAGCGUUCUUCCCAUCACCAUCAACGAGUCAAUCAUCCGCCAAACGACAAAGCAGUGUCCAGGAUUUUGUUCCAAAGAGGCAUGGGACUGAAUGCACACCCCAAGUGGCCGCUGACCUGACUGAUGGUGUCCUGGAAAUGAUGGUCAUAGACAUGAGGCCAUUAAAUGUGGUAGAAGGGGAAGGGUUUAAAAAAAUGAUCAAACGGUUUCACUCUGGCUACACACUACCAUCAAGAACCCACUUCACUAAGCUUAUGGAGCAAAAAUACACAAAGAAAAUGAAUGAAGUCAAAGCAAUCCUGAAAAAUGUGAAAGGAAAACUGACACUCACAACUGAUGCAUGGACAAGUAUGGCCACUGAAGCUUACCUUGGUGUCACCAUUCACUUUGUUAAUGAUGAGUGGGAGCUUGCCUCAAUUAACUUGACAACAAUGCCCCUCAAUGAAAAGCACACUGCAGAAAACAUUGCCUCUUGGAUUGAGGAUGUUGUCAAUAAGUUUGAAAUAAACAUAAAACUAGUACAAGUCAUUGUACAUGACAAUGCUGCAAAUGUUGCAGCUUUAAGAGUUCUUGAGGAAAGACAUGGUGUUUCAUCCCUCAGAUGUGUUGGCCAUACUCUACAGCUUGUAGUUAACCAUGCUCUAAAGGACAACCACAUCAGCAGAGCUUUAGGAGCAGCAAGAAGUUUGGUCGAGCACUUCAGAAAAAGUGAGCUAUCCAGUACAAAACUAAAGGUUAAGCAAAAACAAAUGGGUUCUCCAGACCACAGCCUCAUACAAGAUGUGUCUGUGAGAUGGAACAGUUCCUUUUACAUGAUUAGUCGCCUGCUUGAGCAGAGGUGGCCAAUAACAGCAACUCUGUCAGAUCCGGAGGUCACUCAAAGAGGGAAGCAUUUUCUGGAUCUUAAGGCUGACCAGUGGAGCUUGCUUGAAGAACUUGAACAAGUUCUGAAACCUUUUGAAUGUGCAACUGUGUACCUGAGUGGAGAAUCUUAUGUAACAGUUUCCGCUGUCCCUCUGCUGGUCAAAGGGCUUCGGAAGGCUACACAAACUGCUUUUGAAAAUGCAUCAAUCAAGUGUUUCCAGGUCACUGCUGCACGUGAGAUAACAUCCAGGUGGGAAGCCGAGACCACAUUCAAAGAUGAUGGACCAAAUGUGUGCAUAUUAGCAGCUGCACUUGACCCACAAUUCAGGAAGCUGAAAUUCCUGACUGCAGAUGAGUGUUUAAAAGUUCAAUACAAGCUGCAUGCAAUAGUUCUGGAGGAGAAAAGAAGGGGAAAGGAGACACACGCUCAACAGGGCACAGCAAUGCAAGUGGAAAGACCAGAUGCUGACAGGCGGCCUGUAUCUUUACUAGACACACUUCUUGGCUCAGAUUCAGAUGAACUCAGCAACAAUGAGGAAGACAACAAUGACAGUAAUGAUGCUGAAAUGGUCAGAAACGAGUUAGUGUCUUAUUUUGGAGAAUCCCCCAUUUCCAAGGAUGAAAACCCAUUAAAAUGGUGGAAAGAACAUCAGGCAAGGUUUCCAAAUCUGGCAAUGCUGGCUCGGUCUUACCUCUCAGUUCCAGCCACAUCGACCCCUUCUGAGCGCCUAUUUUCAGCUGCUGGGAAUAUUGUAAACAAGAAAAGAACCAGCCUCACCCCAGAGCAUGUAGACAUGCUAACCUUUCUUCAUUACAACUGUUAGUCACUCACUGGAAUGAGUAGAAUUGGUUAUAGUGUACUGUGUUGGACUGGAUGUUUAUUUUGCACAUUUUAAAAGCAAUACUUAAUGUUUACAGUGCUCCAGAAUAUUUAGAUUGGCACAAAUGUUUACAGUGUUACAGAAUGUUUUGCCAUGUUUUCAAUGUUGACUGAGUGGCCAUACUUUUUUUUUUUGUAAAUAAAAGCCAUGCCUUUUGAAAAAACUGGCCUAAAUUUAUUUUUUUCAUCUUAAUUUUAAAUUUAAAAAAAAAUCGGUAAAAGGAAAAAUAAUCUAUAGAUUAAUCGAAAAAAUAAUCUAUAGAUUAACCGAUUAAUCGAAAAAAUAAUCUAUAGAUUAAUCGAUAGAAAAAUAAUCGUUAGCUGCAGCCCUAAUAUAUAUAUAUAUAUAUAUAGAUAUAAUUGCUUAUGUU